GACAGAAGUGACAGGUGAUUUGGAAAACGUGAGGUUGUGGCAGUGGCCGGGGAGCGUGGGAGCGGCGCUCGGCCUGCCCGGCCAGCACAGGAGCACUGCAUCAGUUGGGCGCCAGGAUCCUCGCCGCUCGCACACACACACACACACGGCAUCAACCUCAGCUGGUCGUGACAAUGCCUCGCUACGCCUACCAGAAGCCCGCCUCAAGGGUCUACAGCUACAGCUACAUCCCAAGCUACGACACGGAACUAACUCACUCCCUCGACAGUAAACUGAAGGCUAUUGAAGAGGAAACUGCCCGCGUCUCCCCAGCCCCAGAGGAGAGCCCUAAAACAUUCCCCACGGACGAAAGCAUCUACACCAAGCGAGCAAGCAGCGUUCCCCCUCUCUCAAGGAUCCCGGACUACGUCUCCUACGAUAUUCUGCCACUUACGGCAGCAGAAUAUCCACUGAUCACCGCUAGAGCCCCGCUGACGUACCAGAAGACCAUCUACUUCCCUCGCCGCCACCAUUAUGUGGACGAGGUGAAGCAACCGGGAUACCAGCCCAUAUGGAUGAAACACCCGUACCGUCUGCCCGUCGAGGACAUCAAGGUCCCUCCCCACGAGAGCUCCAUCUGGCCCGAAGGCGUCCCUCACUUCAAUCUCGUGUCUUCGUAUGACCUCAUGAUUGACUAUCUGGGCCUACGAAGGCCUUGUCUUCUCUGUUGACAUUCUAGGCCACCGAGGCCGUACACUCAGCUUCCACGUCGCUAUCAUCAUGAUGUUAGAAGCAUCUUGGUCCUCACCAGAGUCAAGUAGGAGAUUCUCCAGUAGUAGCAGCGUUCGUCAGACAUAACGAGAGCCGUGACGCGGCGCCUCCAUGAGAACGACAAUGUCUCAUCUUUCUCAUGCAUUUGUCCGUCCGUUUUUGUUUCCUAAUUGUGAAUGAUGUUACAGUGUCCUCUUCCUCUUGGCUCAAUAACAUAUUCAUUGGACAUAUUAUAUUUUAUUGUGUAUUUUAUAAGAAGCCAAACUUUGAAAUUAUAUAUAUAUAUAUAUAAAUAUAUAAAAAUACAUAUAUAUUUUUGAGUAUUGUUAUAAUAAUGUUGUAAAUCAAAGUAUGAUAUUAAUUUUAUCUUCUGUGAAUUAUUUCCUAUUACAAAUUUCUUGACGUGUGAGUUGUGUGUUGUGAGUACUAUGAAGACCCACGCGUCGUCUGAGAGUACCCGCGCGCCUCCUCACCCUCGCUAACCCCACCUCACAGCUUUAACUAAAAUAAUAUACAUGUAGCUCUUGUA